UACCGUGUAGAAACUUGUUGUUUUUUUCUGUUUAAUUUUGACCUGCCACAAUUGCAAGACUUGAGAAUUACAAUAUUAGUAUAAUUUAAAACAUCCUAAAAUCGUUUCUGAUCAUCUGACCUAGGCAUUGAUUGAUCAUACUGCAAAUUUUGUUAAGUUCCUGGACUAAGACAUUUACUGCAUUUUGGAUCAGUUUAUUGUCAAUCAAGUUUUUCUGUAAUCUCAGAACGUUGUUGCCUUUUUCCUUAAGAUUUGGGCCGGCCGGGUCAAGGAUUCCCAGGGUAGCGAGACAAAGGGGUUCCCGGAGUCCUUCUUGGGCCCGGCCCAAAGCCGCUGGCUCGCUUGGUCGUAUUUAACGGAAAACACCCGGACGGAGGAGCCUCCUCAGCGCCAAGAAGUGGACGCGGGAAGCCAAGCCCCCGUCCGCUUCUCCACCGCUGGGGUGGAGCGGGGAAAUGUUCCCCCGCCCCGGGGCGCGCUGAGGCGAAGCGGCCAUGGCUUCCCUCCGGUUGGCCCAGCUCGCUGCUUGGUGCAGCUGCUUGGCCCCGCUGCACGCGGGAAGCCGCGCCACGGAAGUCCCCCCGGGGCCCGGGGAGGCCUUCGAGGAGUUGGGAGACGCCGCCGCCGCCGCCCGUUUCUUUCAGCCGGCGCAGCUGCACGCGGGGUUGACGGUGGCUGCCGCGCCAUCCUUCCGCGGGCCCGGGAACCGCGACCAGCGCGCCAACCGGGAGCUGCCCAUCCUGUUGUGGUGGAGCGGCGGCCUCUUUCCGCACUUCCCCGGCGAGACGGCGCGCAUCGACUGCCCGGGGGGCUCCUGCUUGGCUACCAAGGACCGCCGCGUGCGAGCCCACCGGCGGACGCGGUCGCUGCUCUUCUACGGCACGGACUUCCGGGCCUACGAGGCCCCGCUGCCGCGGCUGCCCCACCAGACCUGGGCCCUCUUCCACGAGGAGUCGCCCAUGAACAACUACCUGCUCUCGCACGGCGCCGGCAUCCGCCUCUUCAACCACACCGCCACCUUCCGCCGCGAGUCCGACUUCCCGCUCAGCCUCCAGUGGCUGCCCGACCUGGCCUACCUGCGCCGCCCGCCGCCGCUCAGCCUGCCCGAGAAGGACCGCCUGCGAAGGCAGCAGGGCCUGGCUCCGCUGCUCUACCUGCAGUCGCACUGCGACGUCCCCGCCGACCGCGACCGAUACGUGCGGGAGCUCAUGAAGUACAUCCAGGUAGACUGUUAUGGUAGAUGCCUGAACAACCAAAAACUUCCCAAUAUGAGAUUGAUGGACACUUCUACAGCCACUACAGAGGACUCUGAAUUCAUGAAUUUUAUUUCUAAAUACAAAUUUCAUCUGGCUAUGGAGAAUGCCAUAUGUCCUGAUUAUAUGACAGAGAAACUUUGGAGGCCAAUGCAUGUAGGGGCUAUCCCUGUAUAUCGAGGUUCACCAUCUGUACGAGACUGGAUGCCUGCUGAUCAUUCCAUUAUUCUUAUUGACGACUUUGGAAGCCCUAAAGAACUUGCAGAAUAUAUUGAUUUUUUGGACAGGAACUCAGAUGAAUAUUUGAAAUAUCUGAAGUACAAGAGUCCACAUGGUAUUACAAACCAGUUCUUGCUUGAGAACAUGAGGAAACGUGAAUGGGGGGUAAACGACAUGUCCCUACCUAAUUAUCUAAAUGGAUUUGAGUGCUUCGUCUGUGACCGAGAAAAUGCACGACUUAAUGCAGAGAGAAACCACAAAAAAGCUCAUGGGAAAUCACUACCUCCAGAAGUUCACAUAGCACAGACCACACACAUGGGAUGUCCUUCACCAGCACCUGGUUAUGGCAAUAUUGAAGACAUUCCUGAUGGAGACAGCUGGAAAGAAAUGUGGCUUCAAGAUUACUGGCAGAGUCUUGAUCAAGGGGAAGCUCUCACAGCUAUGAUUCAUCAUAAUGAAACUCAUCAAGGGAAGUUUUGGGAUUAUAUGCACAAAAUCUUCUUGAAAAGAACUCAGCAUAACUAACUAAUUAGGAUUUUUUUCAUGUUAUAUGAACAAUGGAUAGCAUAUGUACUCUUACCAACUUGCCUUACAUGACAACUGAAUGUGUUAAUCAGGUAAAUACUAGACACACCAUUCAGGAGUAAGACAAUAACAUUUUUGCUGAAAUGUUUUCAUUAGAAUUAAAUCAAAUAGAUUGUUUUUAUAAAAUAUUUUUGUUA